UGAGAGAAUUCUGAUCGCGCAGAGCUUGGCGAUCGUUUCAGUGGGUAUCUCUUCAGUGCAAGCAUCGUGAAGAUCGAAGAACAGAUCGAAGAGAAUUGGCCUUUGGAAAAAAAUCGAUUGCGUAUUAAAUUUAUCGGAAUAGUUAAUUAAAUAUUUCUGCGGAAGAGAAGAGAUAUUUCUGGGAAUAAAACCUUGGCUGGAAGAAAAAAUGGAAGUGUGUUAAGAUUAAUUUAGCUGAGAUGAAUGUUGUGUUUCGAACCGACUGAAAAAAAGAUUAAUCUUUUCUUGCUAUUUAAAGAAAAUUUGAGCUUUCACUUUCUGGGAUUCCAUACUUUAUUCACUCUUCGAUCCAAAGUGAAAAAGAUUCAAAAAUCUUAGAGAUCUAACGAUUUCUAACACUUGAAGUAUUUCUGAAGUUGCUGUAUUUUAAUUUGUGCUUAAUUUAAAAAGACUAUUUUGCUAAUAAAAUUAUAUAUUCGGUUCUCUUGAAAGAAUAUAUAAUAAAUCGAUGAAAUAAAUUGAAGAACAUUUGGAAAAUGUUGUGAUCGCCAUUCAAGAAACUUGGUUUUAUUGAGCAACGAUCGAGCAUUAUUGAUUAGUUUAAAAAGUGUGUUUUGUUUUAUAAAUAUAUUACCAGUAAUCACGAAUAAAUUUACUAACUUAUAUUUAUUGUUAUUAAAAAAUACUCAAGUGACUUAACAACUUGUCCACUUCGAGAACUUUACAUUUCGAAGAUGACGAAAUUUUUGCUAUUGGUAAUCUGCAUUCAAUUUGCAUUAACUGUUGUCGGCAGGCAUCACAGGGAUAGCGAUUUUUUGAGCCACGUGCAGAUGGUGCACCAAUUUCAAUGUUCGCUGCCCCAACCAAGAGCGAUCGCAGUGGAGGAUCUCUUGACCGUGGGACUUGGGCCUGAUGAAGCUUUCUAUCCCGCAUCCACGGUUCUGAAACGCUGCGCCGGAUCAGGCUGUUGCCCUGAUUCCAAGCAAAUCUGUGCCCCGACGGAAACCAGGAACGUUAGCCUCGUCUUCAUGGUCAGGCAUCGCAUCGAUCAACAACGAGAUCGUCAUCAUGAAGUCAUCCAUGCUGUGGAGCACACCAAAUGCGCCUGCCUGGAUAAAAUUCUGGCCAUAAAAAAUUCUAGGUUUUAAAAGAAAGAAUUUUGAAGCAACUGAUAAAUUAAAAUGAUGAUUAUUUUAUUCGAAA